AGGAAGUGUGUGUCACAUGCUCCUCUACAGGAAACGGGACUGGAGCUGCUGGGGAAGUUCAGAACUGGGUGACCUCCAACGGAUUCCAAUAGCACAGGAUUAUGCAACCCGGGAAAUGUUACUGCAAUUUAAUUAACUUCAGAAAGUGUAUUCUGGACUGAAUUGACCAGACCUCCUAUUCUAUGCAAGCAUCUCCUGCUGGUGACCAGGUUUCUUAGCAAGAGCAGACAGAGCUCAGCCUUCCACCAUGCCUGUGCCUCCCCCUCCAGCUCCCCCUCCACCCCCAACACUGGCCUUGGCAAAUACUGAAAAGCCAUCCCUAAGCAGGUCAGAACAAGCAGGGCGAAAUGCUCUAUUAUCUGAUAUUACCAAAGGAAAAAAGCUCAAGAAGACUGUUACUAAUGACAGAAGUGCUCCAAUUCUAGACAAACCCAAAGGAUCUGGAGGAGGUGGCUUUGGAGGAGGUGUCAGUGGCGGGGGUUUUGGUGGUGGCAGUGGUGGUGGCUCCAGUGGUGGUGGACCACCUGGCCUUGGAGGCCUUUUUCAAGCAGGAAUGCCGAAGCUCAGAUGUACUGCAAAUCGAGAUGCCGACGCCGGGGGAGGCCGGCCCGGACCGCUGCCCCCGCCGCCCGGCGAGAGGCCGCCGCCGCCCGUCAGAGACCCGCCCGGCCGCUCAGGCCCGCUCCCACCACCUCCUCCCAUCAGCAGGAACGGAAGCACUUCGAGGGCUUUGCCCACUACUCCCCAGCUGCCUUCCCGGGCAGGGCUGGACAGCCAGAGAGGGGGACCGCGACCUCCGCUUCCCCCCGACCGGCCGGGCUCGGCAGCGCCACCGCCGCCACCGCCACCUUCAGCAGCUGUCAGAAACGGCUUCCAGGAUCCAGGUGAUGAUGAAUGGGAAAGCAGAUUUUCUUUUCAUCCAAUAUCUGAUUUGCCACCUCCAGAGCCAUAUGUACCCAUGAACAGAAGUUAUCCAAGUAAACUAGCAAGAAAUGACAGUAGAGGUGGGUCUGUCCGAAAAGAAAGGGGUGCCCCCCCACUCCCACCUAUACCAAGGUGAAAUGGGUUCUGGCCCAUCUUUGGGUGACGUCUGUUUGCAAGUUUCCUUCAAGUCAGCUCUCCUGUCCACAUGACUGGAAAGUUGUCUGUCUUGAUUGAUUUCCACUCUUGGCUUGUCAGCUGGAACAAACUUCAGUCUCUAUUACAGAAGUAAUAGAUACGGCUUAUGGACUAUAGUUGCUCAAAGCUAUGAAUUUUAUUCGCUUAAACUGCAGGCAUUUUGUGGACCCUACAGACCUUAUGUGCAUCAUGCUUACUGUGUCCAACCCCACUCCCUGGAGAGCUCCGUGGGAGAUCUGGCUUUGAAUUUGAUAGAGCUUGAACAAAGUUGUUUCAUUCACUUUGGGUACAGUAGCCAUAUUAUUUUAAUGAUAAAGUAUUUGGUGUUUAAAAAAACAGUUGCUGGGUAAAAAAGUGUAGCCAAGAGUCCCCUGGAUCCUUCUUUGCAUGCUUACUCAGCCUAUCUGCUUCUGCAAGCCAUAGACCUACUACAUGGUGACAAAGAGUUCAUCUUUAACUUUUUUACUUCAACUUAGUCAAGCAAACCUUAAACAAUGCACAGCACAUCCUGCCUCAAGGAUGGAGUGUCUCUGGCCUUUUUUUUCUACAGAGAAUCUUCCAAAGAAAAGCACAAGGGAAGAAUUCAUCAGCAUAAGAAUAUAUAUUUUUUUAACCCUCUUUCCUAUUUUUUUAAUAGAGUUACAUGUUGUGUGACCUAAUUCUUUCCUACUCUUAUGUGGACCAACCCACAUCAUGUCAUCCGUGCCCUGGAUUACUGUAAUGCCCUCUGCCUGAUACUGCAUGCGAAGAGUCCUCAGAAAGUAGUCUGAGUGCAAACCCAGCAAUUAUUAUAGUUGUAGGCUCCUCCUGUAAAGCAUCACUAAUGCCAGUACUCCACAGACUGCUUUCCAGUUGUUUCUUUGGUACAAUUAAAUGAUGGGGUUUGACUUAAGAAGCUUCUUGGCACUUAGGUCACAAGUCUCAGAGAGCUUGGUUGACUUCCAUUAUGGCAGAGAAGCCAAGGUCAAAAAUGUUCCUCAGUGAAAGCCCUUUGAUGGUGUGAGGGGGGUCCAGGGUUUGUACAUUGAACUGGGAGCAUCAAAAAUUUUCCAUCUGUGGUGGUUCAAGAAAAAUGGGCAGAUUUGGUUUUCUGAGUUGGUCAUGAAGCCUGUCCUUUCAAACUUUGCUGGAAGGAGUCUCAACAGAAAGUGGCAAGGCUUACAUUGAUAGAAGAAAGUAAAGUAUUCUAACAUUGUGGUUAAUAUGUUUAAUAGCUUUUGAAUUUUGUGUGUGAGAAAAGAUCUCAUAGUAUGAGUGAAUUUUACAAGUGGAUCUAAGUGUGUAUAAAAUGCCUUUGGAAAUUAGAGGAAGAUUGUCAUUUUGGAUUUGAAAUACUGGUGAAUGAUAGCUCUUUGUUAUUCAGGCCUCUGAAGUUUAGCUCUGAAAAAUGUCCCCUCGCUCUCAUCAGCAGUAGAUAUCUUCAGUGUGUUCUUUGGCAUCCUUACCAAGCCUGUGUCAGCAGCCAUGUUUCACAGGAUGUUGCUCAAAAAAAUCCAAAAUAAAACAUAGAAACUAGUCAUGUAGGUUAAGAAAAUGUUUCUCUAGCAUGGGAGACAUGAUCCUAAGUAUACUCUGUGGCUAGAAUGAGGUCAGUUCUUGAAAAUCUAGAGAAUUUAGCCAAAGAGUCUGGACCCUGCUGAAAUGUCUGUGCAUAGGGCUUUUUCGCUCUGUCUGUGAGCAGGGAGGGGCAGAACUGCUUUCUGCCUGGCAGCCUGGACAUCACAUUGCAGGGGAUGAGACUAGAGUUGGAUUUGGCCAGAUCAAAUUUAAUUUGGUCUUUUCAGUGUUUGUUUACAAAAUCUUGUUAGCUGUGAUAGCAUUUGAUUAUGUACCUGUUUUUACAUUUUUUGUAUCUAAUGACUUAACUUACUGUUUAUGGUCUUGAACCUGCAAUUAAAUGCGCAGGCGCAGGGAUGUAUCUACAUCCAGUUGCAGGAUCCUGGCUGUAAGAGUUUCUUAAACAGAUACUGGUGGGACCUCCACAUAACAGGUGCACCUUGGGAUCAAACCUGGCACAAUGCUGAAUUUGUAUAUGUAUUUUAUGGAUGUCACUUAAAGUGCCUGUCUCUUUGGGAUAUUAUUUUGUGAAUAAAAGUCCAAAUAAGAUUUUUAGGAUAAUAACUUAAAGGAUAAAUUAUUCUAUUCAUAUUUUAAAACUGAAGCACUUAAUACCUUUCUAAGGAACAAUAUUUUGAAUUUAAGAAUACAAUAUUUUCAGUACCUUAACCUGCCAAAUCCUUGUUAAUAUCCAAAUAGCUAUGCAGCCAAAAAAACCCCAAGCCUUCAGAAAUAUCUUUUUUAUAACUUACCUGCUUCCAACAUGACUGUUUUUCUUUGCUAAGUCAAUGAAAAUGUUGCCCAGUGGUCUGCCAGUUCUCUGUAUCAUUAAAAUUGUCUUAUAUUUGAUCAUUGCAGCAACGUUUGCUGACCAGAAAUCUGGACCACUAUCAAAGACUUGGAAAACCAGCUUCAGUUUCACUUUAAAAUGGGCCGUGUAAAAGGCCUCCAGUUAACAAGCCAAGAAUCCUGAGCUGCUUAUGCUUUAGCAAUUUUUUUCACUCUAGAAACCUCUUCAGAAUAGAUGUUUGGCAUACAUGUAAAAUAGCUUAAUCCUGCAAAAAGGGGCAUUUUUGUUACAUAACAACAGCAUUUCCAUUUAUAUGUGUUGCUGUAAAAGUCCCUAGAUAUAUUCCAGAACAAUGCAGCAUUUUAUCAUACAAUAUAUUGCUUCAUGUAGCAGUAGCUAUUUACAAUAUGAUCAGUAUUCUAGUAUUUAUUUCACUAUGAAGUGUUAAAAAAGAAUAAUACAAAACAUGUUGAAUCAAUGGUGCCUUAUGACUUUUUAGUCAACUUUUCUGUGUCUCAAUAGAAGAAUUAAUAGACAUUGCUCUUCCAGGUCCUAACUAAAUAGUGCCGACAGUAGCAUUUUACAGUGUUUGAGCCAAGCCCUGCUGUUGUUGUAAUGCUAACUCCAGGUGGAGCUCAGUGUGUAGGUGAGGUGUAUGUGGGCACUGGUUGGCUUCACAGUCAGUUGCUGGUAUUGCUCUCAAAAUUCAGACCUGUCCCAAAACCAGUGUCUGAUGCUGCUGUCCACACAGCCCAGCUGACUUCAGUGUGGUUGCAUAGGUUAUGGAACUAAAUUUGAUUCACUGCUUGCAUGUAAGGUUUCCUGGGUUUGUUCUGAUAGCAUUGUAUUAUAAACCCUCACACCUCAACCUGUCUUCUUAUAUUAUCACUGAGGCUCGCACUGCAUGACAACGGCCACAGAUGUUCGUUUUUAAUUCAACUCUAUAAAUAAAAUGAGAAUAACUUUUGUACCAUGUAAAAUUAAUUUCUCCUCUAUAUUUUUGGAAGAAGGCACAUGUUAUGUUUGUUAUGACUUUUUGCACCAACCACUGGGAGAAGAGGUCACAAUGAGGAAUGUCCAGAGUUGUUGAAGGAAACUCAGCUUGUGAUUCAGGAAGUGUGCAUUUCUGUAAAUGAAAUAAAUAACAUCUCAAAGUUCUUGUUUAAAAGCCAGAAUUUCCCAACACUAAAAGAAUCAUAAGGUUUGGUUUUUUUCUGCAAGACAGCACUGUGAAAGAAGUUCCUUAUACUGUCACUUAAAAAACUGGGCAGUAGUUUCUCCUUGCAGCAUCAACUGUUUGGGUGACACUUGCAGAAGCAGAUCCAUCUUGGAGCAGAGGACAAAGGAGCUAAACUGUUAUUGCACAUCAAAGCUAUUGUAACACAACAAUCUUCUGUACAGAAGCAUGGAAGUUUUGCCUUGGAGGUAGAAAAUGGAAAUAAGUGAUCAAACUCAGAUUAUUUCAAGCAGAAUGUCAAAUGUUGAGAGACCUAGAGUGGUCCUUGGCCACAGGACACUGGAAAAGAGAAGAUUGCUCAAGGAAAUAGAAACAAAUCAGCUGAAUAUUGUUACCAAUCCUAGAGUAAAAAAUACUGUAUAAAAUGUGCAUUUUGUACUUCCACAUCACAGUGGUGUGAACACCCUUGUCUCACAGCUGGGUGCAAACAACCUGUUACAGCGGUACAUUGACUCUAUGUAACACAGAUUGUGUGAGCUUUAAUCUUUCAAACAGUAUUCAGCAGAAAGUAAGUAGAAUCUCUCACCUGAGAUAUUGAGGAGCACUUCAAUUGCAAAUUCAUGUACAUGGUUCUUCAUGUACAUUGGAAGAAAACAAGGAUCUUGUAGCCUGUAAGAUGGAUGUGUUUGGACCAUUCAGUUAAAAUCUAAACUGGAGCAUUGGCAAAGAGGGGAGUAUUGGAAUAACUCAGGCAGAAGCAGGGCAUGUGUUUAUUGUCUCAGUGAGUAUGCAGCAGGUAGGUAUGCAGAUUAAAAAAGCAAAAAUGGAAACUGCAUGUCUUAAGAGAGUAACCUUUUAUGAGUGUUGCCAUUUUGAAAUACAGUUUGUCUGUGGUAAAUAUUCCUUAGUGUAAACUAAUGCAUGCAGAGGAAGACAUCUAAAUUUGGACUUCCAAAGCCACACAAGAGAGAGGGAAAUAUAAAACAGGCUGAGCAGAAAGUAACAUUUCUAUCAGAUGCUUAAAGUUUGAGGUUUUUAUAAAAUAUUAAUCUAGUUCUGUGAAUUUUUUUGCUUAACAUUUAUUUUUUAAGUGACUUUGUUCUCCUUAUUUUUCUGUCCUAUACCAAAUAAAUUUUACUUUUAUUUAAUUGGUGGUGCAGACUGGUACAUUGAGGACAAACACAGUUACUUCUUUGACAAAAGCAAAGUUGGCUUUAGCAGGAUCAUGGCAGCAAGCCUGGCAGGAGCUGUGGUGAGCUGUUCCCCUCCUCUCCUGUCUGCCAUUGGACAGCAGCACAGCAGUAGUGCUCAGAGGACUUCGUCCUACAUGCAGUGAAGGACACCUGCAAAUAAGGAAAAAUGAGUUUACUUUAGGAUAAAGAAUGAAUACCAGUGGUUCGUGAUGCUGUACUUGUAGGUGGCUGUUGGGGGAGCUGUGACCCUUGGUUCUUGGCAGGACAAGCUAGGCGCUUGCCAGGGGAGGAUGACAUGGAAAAUCACUGUAGUUAAGUGUAGAUUUUUGUUUGUUGUGUCUCCACUCAGAAGGGAGAAAGCUGCCAGGGAGUAAGAAACAAAUUAAACCUUCCUUUUGACUUUG